UGUCAGAGAUAGAGGCAGUGUUGAGUUGCAGAGACACAGUGAGGCAGAGAAUCUCGCACAGUGAGAGAGGGCGACAGAAGACACGGGAAGGGCUCCUGGCAGGGGCUCGCGGAGACCCCCAGAUCCAGAUGCUAGUUCAUAUCCCACCCUGCCGAUCGACAUGUGAUCGCUUUCAUCAAUCCCGUCGCCUGAACGACGCCAGAUGCCCGGGCGCCCGCCUGAUACAUGGUUGACACACGAAAAACACACCUUCCCGGCGACGGAGGACCUGCUUUUUUAUCCUGCCCUGUUCUUCUUGAUAUCCGUCGUCUCGUUCGGAGUCAAUAUUGGAUAUAUCGCGCGUGAGGACCGGGCUCAAGGGUGUAAGAUGGGGUGUUUCGGCAACGGGAAAACCGAAGACCAGCGCAUCGACGAGAAAACACAGCGAGACGCCGACAAGAGGAUCAAUAAACAGUUGCAAAAAGAAAGACAGGCUUAUAAAGCCACGCAUCGACUCUUGUUAUUGGGGGCUGGCGAGUCGGGUAAAAGCACUAUCGUGAAGCAGAUGAGAAUUCUUCACGUCAACGGCUUUAACGCAGAAGAAAAGAAACAGAAAAUUCAAGACAUUCGUAAAAAUGUGAAGGAUGCCAUCGUGACUAUAGUGUCGGCAAUGAGCACUUUAAUUCCACCCGUUCCGCUUGCUAAUCCGGAGGACCAGUUCAGGAUCGACUACAUCAAGAGCAUAGCGCCGCUCUCCGACUUCGACUACACGCAGGAGUUUUUUGACCACGCGAAGAAACUCUGGCAGGAUGAAGGAGUGAAGGCGUGUUACGAGCGCUCCAACGAAUAUCAGCUCAUCGACUGCGCGCAUUAUUUUCUGGAUCGGAUCGACGCAGUGAGACAGAGCGACUACACUCCAACAGAUCAGGUACACAAGCACAAGUUCUUCUAUAUGGAUGAGAGACUGCUGAUAUUAGAUAUUAUUUACCUCUCUCUGUCUCUCUCUCUCUCUCUCUCCUUCAGCAUGUUUGAUGUCGGGGGUCAGAGAGACGAAAGAAGAAAAUGGAUUCAGUGUUUUAAUGACGUCACGGCGAUCAUCUUUGUGGUCGCGAGCAGCAGCUAUAACAUGGUCAUCAGGGAAGACAACAACACAAACAGACUACGGGAGGCGCUCGACCUAUUUCGCAGUAUUUGGAACAACAGAUGGUUACGGACGAUUUCUGUCAUAUUGUUUCUCAACAAACAGGACAUGCUGGCAGAGAAAGUAUUAGCUGGAAAAUCCAAAAUUGAAGAUUAUUUCCCCGAUUACGCUCGGUAUACCAUACCAGACAAAGUAAUUCCUGAGCCUGGAGAAGACCCCCGAGUGACAAGAGCCAAGUUUUUCAUCCGCGACGAGUUUCUGAGGAUCAGCACUGAGAGCGGAGAGGGCCGUCACUACUGUUACCCCCAUUUCACCUGUGCGGUGGACACGGAAAACAUCAGGCGGGUGUUCAACGACUGCAGAGACAUCAUCCAGCGGAUGCACCUGCGACAGUACGAACUCUUGUGAUCUCGCCGGGACCCAACCCGUCUCCAAACUCCCCCUGCCCUGCUACACCGGCAGACAACGAAUACUACUGAUGUUUGGAAGACCACCCUUCUGUCCUCCAAUUGCUUUUUUGGGCUUUUAAAUGGUUCUUUGAGUGGGUUGAGUUUAGGACGAGACUGGGAUUCUUACCCGCGGUUUUAAGUUCGCGAAUCUUUGUCGCCUUUAUUUUCGCCAUUCCACCCAGCCUCUGGCUACCUCCUUGCGUUUUACUCGAAUAAAAAUGAUAACGUUGUGUAUAUACAUCCUGCCGCCUGCCGGUUUAUGAAGAUCACCUCGUGACCUCCGGGAGCCCUAGUUUUGCACCCUGAACCUUGACCUUCUGACCUCUAAGGCUCUCUGCUGCUUUCCGUGUCCAGACACUGAAGAGCGCCCGCGGGGGGGGGGGUGGCAUGCCAGACGCUGGGACGGGGAGAUCAAGACCACGACGUGAAGUAACGCACUUUUCCAUCGAGCUUUCACACUUUUCCUUUCACGAGAUGGACACAAUGUAGCAUCGCGCCAUGAAUUUCUCUGUCCCGCUCGUGUCCUCUUGAACAGGAAGGGGCAGAGCCGUCGUGACGCCGGGAAGCGGCUCUGGCAACAUAAAGAGGAGCGCUUGUCCCCGGUUCUUAUUUUAGUUCUUAACUUGUACGGACUGUGCAAGGGUGACUUUUCUUUCCUGUAUAGACUAUAAAAUGUUAUAUUAUUUUGUACAACUUUAUUGAAAGAGAGUAAAAAAAUCUACUUGUAGAUCUUUGUGCCUUGAUUAUGGCUGUACCUGUAAAUGAAGCUGAGAUCUGUUUUUUGACUGCGCUGUACAGCUUGAUGUCACCCCGUCAGCAGAAGGGACUGUGGAUGGGAACCUAAUCUGUAGAGUUUCGUUUCUUUUCCAUGCGGUCAUUUGUUUAUCUGCUUUGUUUAUAUAAAAAGACAAAAAGUUCUUUAUUACAAAAAAUAAUAAAUAUAGGAACAGAAAAUCCUAAAAGCCUGUAUA